AUGGAGGACAGAAUAGAUUUUGACAUUAACGAAUCGCUAAAAUACUAUCUUAGCGACCCUUCGUCUGUGCCCACGCCCGACGCUGAUCCCGAAUUAUUUGAUUGCGAAAAUGAGACCGAGUUGCUCUCAACGUCUCUGGUAGACGGCGUCAUCAACCCGAUUGUCGAUGGGAUUGCAGAGAACCCUGAAGCGCUGACACGCGCUUCCUUCUUUGACUCGCUUCAGAUCCUCCUCAAAUACUGUGUUGUCCUACCGUCGAAAAGCCUCAGCAAGAUCCUGGACCUCAUUGUGUCCGGCCUUGCCAUGCAGGCCGAUGUUGUCCAUAGCGACCUGGAAGCAGACGAACCGGAGGCCGUGCAGCACCACAAGAAAUUGCUGGAGAUGUAUGGCUUCCUCCUCCAGUGGGCCCUCUCCGCCGUCGAAGUCAAGGCUGCCGAAAAGCCAGCAACAGCAGCCCCCGUACGUCGCGCUGGAAAAUCUGGAAAAUCAAAAAACGCCAAAGACGGCACCUUCGACUGGACCGCGCAAAUCCAGAUAUCCAUGGAGACAAUGUGCAAAGUGUUGAAAUUGAAGCUGGGAAAGAUAUUUCUUACGACCUCCGAUCGAGACACGUUUGUGAAUCUAUUCACGCGAUCCAUAUAUCUGCUACUGGAAAAUGAGCAGCGAGUUAAAAAUAUGCCGAUUCGGAUGCACGCCUUCAAGGUCUUGUGUAUUGCAGUAAAGCACCAUGGACAUGCUUUUGGAGCACAAACAUCUAUUGUGCAAAGUUUGACUUAUUUCGAGCACUUGUCGGAGCCCAUGGCCGAGUUUCUUCAUAUCCUUUCUGAGCAGUACGACUACACGCAGCUAGGAGACGAAAUAUUAAGGGAACUUGCGAACAAAGAAUUCAACUCUAACGACACAAGAGGCCCCAAAUCAGUGUCUAGCUUUAUAGUCAAAUUGUCGGAGCUCGCUCCUCGACUUGUUAUCAAACAAAUGACUCUUCUUGCUAAGCAAUUGGAUAGCGAGUCAUACGCAGUGCGAUGCGCCAUCAUUGAAGUUUGCGGCAAUCUCAUCGCAGACCUCAGCAAAGAGGAUGAAAGGGGCGAAAACUCCAAAUCGCAAAUCAAUGCAUUCUUCGAUGUUCUCGAGGAACGCUUCUUGGAUAUCAAUCCUUAUUGCCGUUGUCGAGCAAUCCAGGUAUAUAUGCGACUAUGUGACUUGGAUCAAAAAUUUCCAAAACGACGACAAACUGCUGCCGAACUAGCCGCGAGGAGCCUCGAAGAUAGGAGCAGCAACGUGCGAAGAAAUUCCAUCAAGCUGUUAGCUAAAUUGGUGUCAACUCAUCCGUUCAGCGUCAUGCAUGGUGGUCAACUGGCAUACAAAGAUUGGGCGGCCCGGUUGGAAGCUGUUGAGGCUGAAUUAGAUGCUCUUAAGCCUCCUCCUGAAACCCCAGGCUUGGGAGAAACCCAUAUCGAUGAAGAACUCUUGGAUGAUGCCACCCAACUUCCGGAGGAUGACUCUCCUUCCACUCCCUCCAAAGCCCCCAAGAUGACCGACGAGCAGAAAGCUGCAGCCAUGGAAAAAGCUGCCGAGGAAGCCGCAACUUCGGAGCUACUCGCAAGAUUGCAGCUGACCAGGAAAUACUAUCUAGAAGCGAUUCGCUUCAUCCAUGUUUUACAUUCUGGUUCAAAGAGCGUUUGCCAACUGCUCUCGGCUCGAAAUAAGAGUGAGGUUAUCGAGGCCAUGGACUUUUUUGUGGUCAUCGAUGCAUACAAAGUUGAGACCGCAAGAACGGGAAUCCGGCGCAUGUUGCGUUUGAUUUGGACAAAAGGAAAUAGUGACGAAGGCAAAGGCGUCCAGACUCAUUUGAUCGACUGCUACAAGGGGCUUUUCUUCGAUGCCCCAGACAGUUUCAGUGCCAAUGACGCUGCGAACUAUAUUGCCCGCAAUAUGAUCAGUCUUACAUUUGGCUCCUCGCCCGCAGAGCUGACUUCGCUUGAACAACUGCUUAGCACCAUGAUGAAAUCUGGUCAUGUCCCAGAAGGGGUUGUUACGAAGCUAUGGCAAAUAUACAGCGUACAGCGAAGAGAGAUAUCGAAGACACAGCGACGAGGCUCAAUCAUUGUCCUCGGGAUGCUUGCUCUUGCCGAUCCGGAGAUCGUCGUACAAGAAAUAGAAUCAAUGCUCAGGAUUGGCCUUGGCAGUCUUGGGCGGUCUGACUUGGUCCUCGCAAGGUACACUUGCAUUGCCUUGCGGCGGAUGAUCCCUGGGCGACAGGCAAAGAGCAAGGACACCGUCGUCGCAAAGCUAACCAAUGACCAUCCGGUUCUGUCCAAGUUAGCCUCUAUCACAGAGAUCACCGACGACAGCAAAGAAUGGUAUGGGGUUGCGGAACAGGCGAUUGGUGCUAUUUACGCGCUAUCGAAACAUCCGGAUGUUCUCUGCUCAGAUAUCGUCCGAAGAAGGACAAAAUCGGUUUUCCAAGCCACCUCACGCCCGUCUCCCAACCAGACAACAGUAGAAGGUGAUGAACAACGACCAGGCACUGCAUCUAGUGAUGGCCAGACAGCCAAGGUCAAGCCAACAUCUUCUGCGCUUUCUCAACUACUCUUUAUCGUGGGCCAUGUUGCUAUUAAACAAAUUGUUCAUAUUGAAUUGUGUGAGCUUGACUUUAAACGACAUAAAGCAGAGCAAGAAAAGAACAAGUCGACCACGACCCAGACAAACGAUCAGACAGAAGAUAAUGAACUUGAUUUGAUUGGUGGCACAACCGAAGACGAUUUCACAGAAGCGAUGGCUCACAUUCGAGAACGCGAGCUUCUCUAUGGAGAAAACUCGCUGUUGACGAACUUUGGGCCUCUGGUGGCUGAAAUUUGCGCCAACAAUAAUGCAUACCCUGAUCAGAACCUUCAAGCUGCAGCCACGUUAUGCAUGGCCAAACUGAUGUGUGUCUCGGCGGAGUACUGUGAAAAGAAUCUCCCACUUCUCAUCACGAUCAUGGAGAGGUCAGAAGAUCCCAUUGUACGCAGCAACGCAGUCAUUGCGCUGGGCGACAUGGCAGUGUCAUUCAACCAUCUCAUUGACGAGAACACGGAUUUCCUGUACCGUCGUCUCAACGACGGGGACGCUUCAGUGAAACGAACCUGUCUAAUGGCUCUGACAUUCUUGAUCCUGGCCGGACAAGUCAAAGUCAAGGGCCAGCUGGGCGAAAUGGCCAAGUGCCUGGAAGACGAAGAUAAGAAGAUUGCCGACCUGGCGCGCAUGUUCUUUACCGAGCUUGCUACCAAGGACAACGCCGUCUACAACCACUUUGUGGAUAUGUUCAGUCUCCUAAGCUCGGAGAAGAACCUCGAAGAAGGAUCAUUGAAACGCAUCGUCAAAUUCCUUGCUGGAUUUGUUGAAAAGGAAAAACACGCAAAACAACUCGCAGACAAACUCGCCGCGCGUCUUCCCCGCUGCGAAACCGAACGACAGUGGAAUGACGUUGCGUACGCGCUGUCGUUGCUUCCACACAAGAACGAAGAAAUCACUAAGACGGUCGGGGCGGGAUUCCGAGUUGUCUCUGCGAAUGCAUGA